UUAAAAGGCAUAAUCUGGAAAGUGUCACAUGUGCAAUGCCUUUAACUGUCUGUUUUCGUCUGUAAUUGAGCACCAGUGGAAUGUCUGACAAAUGUGUCCGUGAUCAGAUUCAUUGUGGAUUAUACCUUGAGGAAUAUAUUUCAUCAAUCUUUGUAUUUUCAAGUCAGCUUCUCUUGUAUAGGAAAAUGUUACUGUUUUUACUGUAUUGCUGGUCUGUGGUUAACUGACAGUACACAUGCAUUGUGUGUUAGGGGCCGGGCUCCUGUGCUCCACAAACAUUCCCUUGCGGUUGGCAAAUAAAAACCCAGCAGUUUCCCCAUUUCUUCGCUGAUAUGCCAUCAGUUUUGUGUUCCUCGCUUUUCCACACAGCAUGAGAAGAACUUUCAGCAUGACUCUGGCAGUAGUGCUUUUGCUUUGUACGUUUUUGGGGACGCACGCUUUCGACACACAGCUUGCCGUUGAACCUCAGCCCAACUUCGAUGUGGAGAAAUUCGCAGGUGAAUGGUACCGGCUGGGACUUGCAGAUGAGUCACAGUUUUUUGCGAUGUUCAAAAGCCAUCUGAAGCUUUCUAAAGGCCUUCUGGAACCAGACGCCAAAGGAAAUGUGAAUCUGACCAUGUGGAGUAUAAGACCGUAUGGAUGCUCCAUCAGUGUUUAUUCAUAUGAGAAGACAGAUGUUCCUGGAGAAUUUACUUACUUCAGCAAAAGGCACAAGAUAACAAAAGACAUCACAAUAGUGGAGACCAAUUACACUGAUUAUAGUUUGGUCCUUAAAUACAAGAACAUGCACAAAGAAUACACUCAACUAGCUCUUUACGGACGGUCACCCACACAAAGGCCGGACCUAAUAGAAAAGUUCAGAUCUUUUGCUUUAUCUCUGGGCUUUUCCGACGAAGCCAUUGUCAUUCCAGCAGAUGUUGAUCCCUGCCCUAUCCUAGAACCAAGCCAGCCAUGGAUUCAGACCUUGGGUUACAUAUAUUCUUUUUUUUUACACAUUUGGGGGACAGUGUCUGUUUUAACGCAAACAAUCGUUGGAGAAAUGCAGCACUAUAACGUCGUCAAUGUAACGCGGUUUGUACUACGUUCGUAACGCCAGCAGGUGGCGCAGUUGUAACGGGACGCAAUCAGCCAGGGUCCCGCCUGAAACAGUGUAUCACAUGUAUUACCGUGAUUGCUUGAUUGCAGAACAGCUGUGUCAAAUCUUUGUGAUCAUUUUACAACUGUAUUUUGAGUAAAUGAGUAAGGAAAGGUUGUUUUGUUGUUGUUUUCAAUUAAACAAUACAUUUUAUGCCAUUA